AGGAUUGGAAACGUGCGCAACGCCUGCGUCGCAGCAAGCAGAGGCCAAAAACGUCGAACGAAGCCACCGUGAAUUCCUCCGCUGCUGUGCUGACACCCGGAGCCAUUGGAGCCGGAACACCGGCGCCGGGAUUGGCACCGCCGCCCCUGACCAACGCUCAGGUGCUGCAGGUGCCAUAUCCCGUCCCCGAGAUGCCCACUGAUGCAUCAACGACCCCCCUGCCGGCGGGAUUGUUGGCUCCUUUACGCUCUGGAGAGGUCGUCCCCUCUGUGCCAUCUGUACCGGAAAUGCCGGGCCCCCGCGGCCCUUUGAUGGGUGCC